CCGGGCCGAGGGGGGGACGGGCACAGAGCCAGGGCGAUCGGGUCCUGACGGUGGGAGGUUGUCUCCGGUGCUUUGCCCCUGCUGUGUGCUGGCCGGACCGCGCGGGUACGGCGCCUCUCCGUGAGGGGAGGUGGGUCUGCUCUCAGAAGAUGCGAAGCAGUAGUUGUGGUGCUUAGUCAUGGCAUCAGAACUGUGUAAAACAAUCUCUGAGGCAAAGCUGGAAAGGCACAAGAACUUGUUCUUAAAUUACCGAAAUCUCCAUCACUUCCCUCUGGAGUUACUGAAGGAUGAGGGGCUGCAGUACUUGGAAAGACUUUACAUGAAAAGAAAUUCCCUGACCACAUUGCCAGAAAACCUUGCACAGAAGCUUCCAAACCUCGUGGAAUUGUACCUCCAUUCAAAUAACAUAGUUGUUGUACCUGAAGCCAUUGGCUCCCUGGUUAAGCUGCAGUUUCUGGACCUGAGCGACAAUGCGCUGGAGAUCGUGUGCCCCGAGAUCGGCCGCCUGAGGUCCUUGCGGCACCUUCGCCUGGCAAACAACCAGCUGAAGUACUUACCUGCAGAGGUUGGAGACCUGCGGGAGCUGCAGACCCUGGACAUCUCCACAAACCGCCUGAUGACGUUACCCGAGAGGCUGCACAUGUGCCUUUCGCUGCAGUACCUGACUGCAGACAGGAACCACCUGUGGUCUGUGCCACGCCACCUGUGCCAGCUGCCCAGCCUCAACGAGCUCUCCAUGGCCGGCAACCGCCUGGCAUUCCUGCCCCUGGAUUUAGGUCGUUCUCGAGAGCUCCAGUAUGUUUAUGUGGAUAACAAUAUUCACCUGAAAGGCCUCCCAUCUUAUCUGUAUAAUAAAGUCAUUGGUUGCAGUGGUUGUGGUUCUCCAAUUCAAGUUUCAGAGGUGAAACUGCUCUCUUUUUCAUCAGGCCAGUUAACUGUGUUCCUGCCAGCAGAGGUGAAAUCUAUAGGGACAGAAACAGAUCAUGUGCUGCCUUUGCAAGAACUGGCCAUGAGGACCCUCUAUAACACCUACUACAGGUUUUUGAAAGAUUUAAACUUUCUGACUCCAAUCUCACUCCCCAAAAGCCUCUUGGAAUUGCUGCACUGUCCCUUGGGACACUGCCACCGCUGCAGCCAGCCUAUGUUUACCAUUGUCUACCCAAAGCUCUUUCCCUUGAGGGAGACUCCAAUGGCAGGAUUGCAUCAAGGGAGGACAACUGUUAGUUUUGUGGCAUACUGCUGCUCCACCCAGUGUCUGCAGACUUUUGACCUACUGAGUUGAUAAACAUUUCAAGCUCCUCAGGAGUGCUGCCAGUGUAAAGCUGCAUUCGAUGCCGUGUCUCCUUGGUACUGGAAUACCGUGUGUGCGUGUGCCAAAGCAGCAGAAGUGCCCAGGCAGGAACAUUCUGAGGCACUUAAAUCCUGCCCUAUCAAAUCUGGAUGAACUGCAGGAACUUUGUAGAAGUGUAAAUACCGAGCUUUUAAAAGUAUUAACUUCUCUCUUCUCCGAGGCAGCACACAAACCAAACACAUUCACGAGCUCUGACUUCAGGAUUUCCAGUAGUUUUCAAAUGUGCCUGAUUUCAGGUUGACCCAUUGCAUCAUUUGAGGCAGUUGCAUUCCUCUAACAGGAAAAAAAAAAAAGUUCCGUUAUGGCAAACAAAUUUUCACGUAUUCAUCCCUAUCCUCUUCCCCUCUACAGCUGCAAUCAGGUGUACUGCUGUAAGCCUGCAGAAACCUUUGAUGGAUCCCAGUGACUUUGCCAUAGAAUUCAGCCUUAUUUUCUCCCUCUCAUCUUAAUGUUUACCACAGCGGAGUUAUCCUAGCUGUAUACCAAGUCUUUGACAGUUCUCUGUGGUAUUUAAAUCCACAUGCUAAAAGCAGAUCUUUCUUUCUAGUAUCAUUAAAUACCACAGUGAUUUAAUUGGAGUAACUAGGAUAUGUCUGGAGACUGAGGAUCCUGUUUCAGUGAAGGCUGGUACUGAUGCCUACACUAAGGGCUCUUGCUCCAGCAUGUUUGAGGGUGUGUUUUCUUUAUUUUCAUUGCUUUAUUUUUAGAAAUAGUUCUCCUUUUGUUCCAUUGAGUUCUUCAAGAAGAAGACAACUUUAAGUAUCAAUUUCCCUUGGAAAAAACCCAAUUAGUAAUAUGAUAGUAAAUCUUUAUAUCUGUUACAUGUUUACAGUUGCAGGCUAUAGAUCUGCAAAGAGCUGGUCUUGAUCUUUUUCUAGAUUCAGCAUUUGGCUGAUUUGUCCAAGUGUGUCAGUGGAUUGUGUGCCUUGGAGAAGGCUGGAAAUCCAGGAGCAGGUGUGUAUCUCCAUGCACAGGUAUAUCUGUACACAUGGCUACCUGCACAGAAGGUAUUUGGGACAUUUGUUUUCAUAAAUUAAUGGCAGAUUUGGUGCAAAUUGCCACUCAGUUUGGUAUUUGUGGGAAUCUUUUUUUGUUACACCUUGUUCAUUUUAAAUAAAGAAAAAAGGAUGGAAAAAAGGCCCAAAAUGCCUACAUGACUAAACAUUUUGAUUUUAUACUGAAACAGUUUAUAGACGAUUAGCCCCUCUUGAUUUGUUUUUGAAUAUAUAAUAUUUUUAAAAAUAUAAUUAGUUCCUUUUUUUUUUUUUUUCUUUCUUUCUAUUUCUUAGGUAUAAACCACUUGUUGAUUUAGCACAGUGUGCUGCUCUGUGCACUAGGUAGUUACAAGCCGAAAUAGAUAUGAAUGAAACAGUUUGUUAUAAAAAUGGCAAGAUAAAGAGAGUUAUUUGGUAGUGUAUUAGCAUAUGUUGUGGUGAGGUGUGCGGACUUUGAAGGCAGGAGGCCUUAAAAUGUUUUCCUGUUGCCAAAGAAGCAUUUGUUCCCUCUGCAGGCUUCCUGGCAUCUCUUCAAUAAAUAGAGUAUCUUAAGAGCUUAAAAGAGUACCAAAAAGGCAGUUUUGAGGGUGUAAUUUUUAGGUUGUGCAUGUUACUUGUAAAAAUCUUUCCUGGUUUUAUUGGGUUGGUUUUAGAGAGUUGAAUUAGCAUUAAGAAAUGUAGAACUUAAUCCUUCAGGAAUGCAAGUAUCAUCUACUGCUUGAGAAUUGGGAAACUUUCUAAAAUAAAUCCCAUUUAUUAAAUCUGCUUUGCAGUAGGGGAAAGAGCCAUGUCCAAGCAGCCUCGGUGCUUUUGGAUUUCUGUCUGUGUCGGUUCUCAGGUUUUGUUUCCAUGUUGGAAUCCCAGCAGGCCCAGCCACCUCACAGGAUUCACUACUGAGGCAGCAAAAUCCACCUUCAGCUUUCUCCUUUUCCUUACUCCUUUUAGUACCUCAGAGCUGAGAUGUAAAUGGCCCAUGUACAAUUCUAUCUGUAUCAGAAAUGUGGGACAGAAUCCACUUUUUUAAAAACAGAUGAUAAAAGCUAUGGUAGUGUUACAGAUGUUAAUUUUUAUACAAUACUCUGAUCAGGAAUUUUCAGUAUUAUUUUUACUGUGGCUUCCUCUGUCUUUGAAGGAGAUGUUUCCUUGGAAGUUUUUGUCCUCUUUUUAUAGCAAGUUGUAGACUUGAAAUCACAGUUUAUAUCUGAAUUCAGUCUAUAAAUACUAUUUUGGAGUUAAAUCUGGUCGUGAUCACCUAAAAGACAUUAGCAUGUUUUUGAUUAGAAGUCAAGAAGAGCGAAGCUUCAUUUUAUCAUUAUAAUUAUUUAUUAUUUUCUUUCUUCUUCCCAUAAUCUAAUUAUUUCUUAUUGAGUCUGUAUCAGUCUCGUUAUUAAUGUCUCCAAGUGCAGUUCAGAAGAAAUUUAGCCUGUUCUAUAAGCAGGAUGAAUCUUAACUAACACUUUAAUAGAUGAUAUUUCAAGAAUGGAAUGUUCAAUAAAUAAAUGACUUAAACAUGCAAUUGAA